AUGGCGGCCACAGCAGUUUUAGGAGAUGGGGUCCCUUCGGGGGGCUCCAGCGGGCGGCUGAACCCGGUGGAGACGCUGCAGGAGGAAGCCAUUUGCGCCAUCUGCUUGGACUAUUUCGUGGACCCCGUUUCCAUCGGUUGCGGGCACAAUUUCUGCCGCGUCUGCAUCUCGCAGCUGUGGGGCGGCGAGGCCGAGUACGAGGUGGCCCCCGGGGCCGCGGCGGUGGGUGGCGGAGAGGUGGGGAUGGGCGACGUGCUGGAAGAGGACCUGGAGGAUGAGGAGGAUGAGCUGGAUGAGGACGAGCUGGAUGUGGAGCAGGAGGAGGAGGAGGAGGAUGGCGGCGCGGAGGAGGAGGAAGACGACAUGUGGAGCGAGGAAGAAGACGACGCCGACCUGUGGGAAGAUCCCGUGGAGGAGGACAUGUGGGACGGUGGGGUCGGGGGAGAGCUUUACUUUGGGGACGAGGACUAUGAUGAGGACGUGAUGGAGGAAGACGUGGAGGAAGAGGAGGAGGUGGAAGAGGAGGAAGAAGAGGUGCAGACGCCUCCUCCCCCUGUCCUGGCCACGCAGCCUCGACGCCUCCAGACCUUCACCUGCCCGCAAUGCCGAAAAACCUUUUUCCAGAGGAAUUUCCGACCCAACCUCCAGCUGGCCAACAUGGUGCAAAUCAUCCGCCAGCUGCACCCGAGCACAGAUCCCUCCCUGGGUCCUGAUCCCAACCCAGCGGGACGCGUGCACGAUGGCUCGAGCCACGCAUCGAACAGCCUGCGCCUGGUGACUGUGGAUCUGGCGUUUGUGGAUAACAAACUCCAGAGCCACCUGGAGCCGCUGAAGAAGAAGCUGGACGCGGUCCUGAAGCAGAAAUCCAACGAGGAGGAGAAGAUCACGGAGCUGAGGGACAAGAUGAAGCUGGAGAUCAAGGAAUUCGAGUCGGACUUUGAGGUGCUGCACCAGUUCCUCAUCGGGGAGCAGGUCCUGCUCUUACACCAGCUGGAGGAACGCUACGAGAGCUUGCUGGCCCGUCAGAGCAGCAACAUCAGCCAGCUGGAAGAGCAGAGCGCUGCCCUCAGCCGGCUCAUCGCCGAGGCGGAGGACAAGAGCAAACAGGACGGGCUGCAACUGCUCAAGGACAUCAAAGGCACUUUUAUCAGGUGCGAGAACAUCAAAUUCCAGGAGCCCGAGAUGGUGCCGGUGGACGUGGGGAAAAAAUACCGCAACUACUUUCUGCAGGACGUGGUGAUGAGGAAGAUGGAGAAAGUCUUCAGUAAAGUCCCUCAAGCCGACGUGACCCUGGACCCCGACACAGCCCACCCUCGCCUCAGCCUCUCCCUGGACCGACGCAGCGUCAAGCUGGGCGAACGCCGCCAGGAUCUGCCGGACAACCCCAAACGUUUCGAUUCGGAUUACUGCGUGCUGGGUUCCCAGGGCUUCACCACCGGCCGUCACUACUGGGAGGUAGAGGUGGGAGGCCGGCGAGGUUGGGCGGUGGGCGCAGCCCGGGAAACGGCUCGUCGCAAAGAGAAGACGGUGGGUCCUCACCAAAAACGAGAAAUCUGGUGCGUGGGCACCAACGGGAAGAAGUACCAGGCGUUGACGGCCACGGAGCAGACGGCCCUGUCGCCCAGCGAACGGCCCCGGCGCUUCGGCGUCUACCUGGACUACGAGCGGGGCCAACUCUGCUUCUACAACGCCGAGAGCAUGACCCACAUCCACACCUUCAACGCCUCCUUCCACGAGCGCAUCUUCCCCUUCUUUCGCAUCUUAGCCAAGGGCACCCGCAUCAAAAUCUGUGCCUGACCGGCCGUCCCUCGCCCUCCCCGCCGGCUGCCUCUACCCACGCCGGAUCCGACCUCACCCUUGGAUCCGGCCUUGCACACGGCCACGCUCCUCUGGAAUUCCUCGGAUCCCGUUUAGGGAUCCGACGCUGCACUUGUCUUCUUGCACCGGCUUGCUCACAAGGCCUCUUCCCUCGACCUCCUGUCCUCCUGCCAGCUCCUCUCUGGGAUCUCGCCGCCACGCCGAUCCGAAGCUGGUUUUGUUUGGAACAGGGAAGGAUCCGCCUGGGAGGCGUUUUCGCUUUGGCUCUUGCUGCUAGGAGCUCCUCUCUCCCUUUCCCAGCCGACGCCUAAAGCUUUCCAGCGCGCUCUCCACCCGCGUUGUGCCCCGUGGUCGAGUUUUGAGGUGCGUCUUGGCUCUCUUCGGACGCGGAGCUCGAGCCCUAGAGCUCCGGGGCGGGGGUCUGUACGUCGAGGAGCGAGCGCGCUCUUGGCUUCUUCAAACUCCCAUCGUCUUUUCCAAAAUCGUCGGCUUUCGUGUGCCAAGGUGCCUGGAUUUGUUGGGAUUCACCUGAGCAGCAUCAGAACACACCAGCUGUUUGGACCCAGAGUUGAACCCGCUUUAACCUGCGAUCUUCUCCUGU